GUUGUGUGUCUGUAAGCCGGAGUCUUUCAGAAUGGCCUUGUUUUGCAGCACUGCACCAUGCCUGCAGGUGCAGUGAAGGGGAAAGGCAAAGAUGAGGAUACAGGAGUGCCUGACUGCAAGUCCUGAAGCUUGCUAUUUUUGAUGCUGCUACUAUUGAGCUGGAAGACUGCUUUGUGGAGAACAUGCUUAUGGCCCGAGACACCGCCCAGGAUGAGGCUGAGAAACUGCAUAGGAAGUGGCUGAAGCACCAGACGUUUAUGGCAGAACUUGCUCAGAAUAAGGAGUGGUUGAAGAAGAUUGAGAAGGAAGGCGAGGAGUUGAUUCUAGAGAAACCAGAAUUGAGCUCUGUGGUUCAACAAAAGCUGAGAGAAAUUCGGAAGUGCUGGGAUGACCUGGAAAGCAACACGCAGGCCAAGGCCCAACAGCUCUUUGAUAAUAACAAGGGAGAACUGAGGCAUAGCUACACAAACUUAAGCAGUCAGCUUUCCAGGCAGGAUGGCCAGCUGUACCAGAUGGACUACACUCAGGAUCUGGCCACUGGCAAUAAGCAACUCAGCAAGCUACAGACAUUCAAAUCACCAAUUGAGGGGUGGAAUAAAGACAUAAGGGACAUACACACACAGGUAACCACCAUCCCCCAGAGGGCACUAAUCAGGGACAACACGAGUGAGAAGCAGACAGUGGUGGAGACGCGCAUCGUACGUCUCAUCGAACCCCUGAAGGAGAGGCGUCGAAUCCUGCUGGCUACCAAGGAGGUGAACCAGCUCAGUCAAGACCUGGAAAAUGAAAUUCUGUGGAUCCAGGAGCGACUGCCUCUGGCCAUGUGCAAGGAGUAUGGGAACAGUCUUCCAGCUGUGGAGCAGUUUUUACAAAAGAAUCAGAGUCUGCAGAGAGAGCUGCAGGACCACCAGGCUCGGGUGGAGGAUGUCCUGAACCGGGCGGUGCUCAUCGCUGCCAUACAGAGCCCUGAGACAGACUUCCUGCGGGGUGACCAGGAGCAGCUCCGUCAGCUCUGGGAUAGCCUGUGUCUGGAGACAGAGAGGCGGCAAAUGAUGCUGGACACCAUUUAUCAUGCUCAGCAGUACUACAGCAAUGUCACAGAGGUGAAAUCCUGGAUCUGCCAACAGGAGCAAAACCUCAUGAUUGAAGACAAAGGCACGGAUGAGCCUAGUACCCUGGAGUUACUAAAGAAACAUCUGGCAAUGGAACAGACCAUUGAGGAUUAUGCAGAGACUAUAGGCCUCCUCUCCCAGCAAUGUCGACAGCUAGUGGAGCUGGACCAUCCAGACAGUGAACAGAUCAGCAAGCAGCAGUCACAGGUGGACCGCCUCUAUAUUUGCUUGAAGGAUGUGGUAGAAGAACGGAAGUCUAGGCUAGAGCAGCAGUACUGGCUGUAUCAACUGAACCGUGAGGUGGAUGACCUGGAACAGUGGAUUGCGGAGCGUGAAGUGGUGGCCAGCUCCCAUGAGCUUGGACAAAACCUUGAACAAGUCACGAUCAUUCAGGAUAAGUUCACAAAGUUCUCCUCAGACACGUGCACACUGGGCCAGGAACGUGUGACAGCUGUGAACAAGAUGCUGGAUGAGCUGAUUGACUUUGGGCACGUGGACGGGGCCACCAUCGCGGAGUGGAAAGACGGGCUGAACGAGGCCUGGGCUGACCUGCGUGAGAUGAUGGAGACGCGGAGGCAAAUGCUCGCUGCAUCCCACCAGCUGCACAAAUUCUUUGCAGACUGUCAGGAGGUUUGGCCAAAAAUUGAAGAGAAGAAGAGGUGGUUGCGGGAACUAAAGGCCUGCCAGACAGGAACUGCGAGCACCGGCACUUUCCACAGACUCAUGCACACCUUUCAGCAUGACAUCCAACACCUUGUUAUGCAGGUGAGGCAGUUGCAGGAGAGUGCCACCCAGCUCAGGACUGUUUAUGCUGGAGAGAAGGCUGAAGCCAUCGCCAGGAAGGAGCAGGAAAUCAUGCUGUCUUGGAAAGACCUUCUGACUUCCUGUGAUGAGUGUGGUGUGCAGCUCACCACAGCUGCAGACAAGCUCAAUUUCUUUGGCAUGGUGCAGGACUUGAGCUUGUGGAUGGAUCGCCUCAUCUGUCAGAUUGAAAAAGGAGGGAAUCCUAGGGACCUGUCCUCUGUGGAGGUGGUAAUAAAUUACCACCAAAGCCUAAAGAAUGAUAUUGAAGCACGAAACAAGAGCUUUGUGCAGUGUCUGGAGUUGGGCAAGACGUUAAUGACAGCCAGAAACCACGCAGCAGAGGAGGUUAGGGAGAAAUUGGAUCUGCUCAUGGCAAGGCAGAAGGAGCUUUCUGAAAAGUGGGACAGGAAAUGGGUGGAACUACAGAAGAUGCAGGAGGUGCAGCAGUUUUCCCAGGAGGAGGCCUGGCUGGCCGAUCAGGAGCCCUUCCUCAACAGGAAGGAGCUGGACAGCACUGUGGAUGAGACAGACCAGCUGAUCCGCCACCAUCAGGCCUUCCGCAGGGCCGCGGCCACUUGGGAGGAGCACUUCAGCCUGCUGCGUCGACUCAGCACUGAUGAAACAGUGAAAGCAAAGCAGAGCAAGAUUCCACCCACACUACUACUUGGCAGGAAGGUGUUUCUGCACCCACAAGCCAGCUGUCCUUCUCGAGGAACUACCUUGUCCUCAUUGCAACAGACCAUCUAUGAACAAAUAGAACAUAAGCCUAAGUAUAUGCCCCAGAAGCUGCCCACCACCUCAGUAGUCCAAAGACUUGGCUCAACGGUGGCUAACUACACGCCAGUCAUGAAUUGGUCUAGCUAUAAAAGAUUGGACAUACCUGUACCUGUACCUGUACCUGUACCUGUACCUGUACCUGUACCUGUACCUGUACAAGCUUGUGGUGGUGAGAAAUGUCUGGAGGCCCCAAUGGAGCAGAACUAUACACCUGAUCUGCCAUCUGAGGUUAGUAUUACUCACAAGCCAGUGGAGCCACCCCAAGAGGCACUCCAAGAGGCACUCCAAGACAUUUGCCCAACGGAGACUGAGAGUAAAAUCGAGCCAUCCAUCAUAGUCAACGUGUUGGUGCAAGCUCCUGGGAAGGACUUGUUUAGAGGUGAGCUAUCGCGGGACACCCGGGGGAGUCGCUCUGACCCGCAGAUGGACCGCUACCGGAGGGAUAGGGAGCGCAAGCUUGGGAGGCAGACCUCAAGUGAACAGGAGCUCAAAGCCCGUUGGGAGGAACUUCCUUUGGAGGUGCGGGAGCGUCGUCACAGGAGGCGGUUGGAGCGGCAGACCUCCAGUGAGCAGGAACAGACGGUGGGAAGCAGCAAGAAGUCAAGCGAGCAAGAUAGCACAAAGGAGCUCUCUGAUAAGCCCCCUGAUAAGCCUCCUCCAGUUGAGAAGAGAUCGACCAUGGCAGAAAUUGUGGAGCAGGUACAGGAGAGAGAAGCAGCUCAGGCUCGAGGGGAAGCACCUCGCCAAACCGGUACUAUACUCGACCGAGUGACCAGGCCAGACCGUCCACGAGCAAGAGACCGGCCAAAACCCCGAAGGAGACCCCGGCCCAAAGAACCAGUGGAGACCCGCCGGUCCCGUUCAGCGCCAGCCCAGAGCACCCCAAACGUUCAACAGCCAGCCACCCCAACCAGCCCACAGCCACCCUCACACACAGCCAAGCGUGAAGGCUUCCUCUUUCGAAAACAUGACAUAGAAAGCCAGAACCCCAACAGCAGGUCCUGGGUGAACCUAUACUGCGUGUUAUCUAAUGGAGAGAUUGGCUUCUACAAGGACGCCAAGAACACCACCACACCUUACAACAGUGAACCCCUGCUCAACUUAAGCAGCUGCACCUGCGAUGUCACCAAUGGCUACAAGAAGAAAAAAAAUGUCUUUGGCCUCAAAACGGAUGCAGGGAACGAGUUUUAUUUCCAUGCAAGGGAUGAGGAGGACUUAAAGGGCUGGAUCACAAGCAUCACAACAAGCAUAGCAGAGCAUGGGGAGAUUGCCAAAUGGGGGAUGCCCCAGACUACUACCUCUUCUACAGAAGACGGCACAAGGAAGGAUGGUGGUAAAUCUGACAUGGCAACCCUGGGUAACGACUUAGAAGAAAGGGAGAAAACCCAGACAGGAGAGAUGCUGGAGAAAUCAGAUGGAGGCUCCAGUAUGUCAGAGAAGAACAAAUGAAAACUUGAAUCACAUGCAAAGAGGCAAACUUUUAGCAAACUUGAAGUGAACCCACUCCUUAUGGAACAAAGGACAGAAACAAAGAAAAACAUGAAUCAUCAAUUGGAUAUACACUGUAUGUGAACACAUUUGCAUCUCUCUGCUCUCUUAUUUCCAAUUCUUAAGAGAUCCAAUACCGGUGAGCCAGAGGGCUGAAGGACUCAGGAGGGCUUUUAAUCACUCAAUUGAAUGACACGGCAAAAUAUUUUUAAGCUUUUUAGCUCCCUGGAUGAAUUUUCUUCAUUCUCUCCUUUGCUUCAUGUCUUUCUUCAUUUCUUGUUGUAUCUUUAUUUUCUUCUCUUACUUCAAUCAAAGCCCUUGUGUUACUUAUAUAUAUUUCUACAUAAGGGCUGACUCACUCUAAUAUCUUUGAAUUCUAAGGACUUCACUUAGAGACAACUUCCGUGGCUGGAGUUUGGAUCUGGGAGGAAAUCUAACAAUGAGACAUCUGAAUCACUUCAUUCCGGAAACUUCUAAAUAAUGGGCACAAAGAAUAAAGUGGUACUAAUACUAAGCUAAGUUGUCAGGUAACUCCCCAAGGUGCAGUAUACUAAUGAGAAUGGAUGAACAUGCAGCAGGCAUGGUGUAUGUUUCCUGUGCUUUAAUGCAUCCCAUCUACGAUAUUAGUCAUUGUAUGUUCAUGAAAUGAUUCCGAGGGCAAACAUUUUCAAGAGAAAAUGGUAAAGUUAAAGGUUAUUCUAAAUAUUCCAUAUAUGGCAGAAAUUAUCUGGCAUAUGCUUUACUGUAUGUCCAUAUUAGCAUGGAACAUAUUAUGUGUGUUAUGUGCAUCCAAAAUAAUUCUAACUGUUCCACAUUAGAACCAGAUAAUAAAGAAAGGGUCAAGUCUAUUUUGUGAGCUACUCAAAAAUUACCCAGUGCUCCCAGUCAAAUUAUUGUGCAAGGUUAUAGCCUUAACAUGUACCAAAUGGAUGAAAGAACAUAAGUACAUUUUCAAAACGAUUACUAAAAAGACUAUAUACAUAUUAUAGUUAUGUAACAGUACACAGUAACGAAUGUAUAUAUAUAUAUAUAUAUAUAUAAAUAUAUAUAUAGACUCAGUGAGCAUUUUAUUAGGCAUUUAUUAGACUUUUUUUUUUUUUUAACUUAUUCUGCUGUUGUAGCCUAGCCACUUAAAGGUUUGACGCGUUGUGUGUUCAGAGAUGCCCUUCUGCAUACCACUGUUGUAAUGCAUGCUUAUUUGCAUUACUGUCACCUUCCUGUCAGCUUUGACCAGUCUGGCCCAUCUCCUCUGACCUCUCUGCAAACUAGAGACUUGUGCGUGAAAAUCCCGGCAGUUUCUGCACCUCCCUGUCUGGCACCAACAAUCAUUCCACAGGCAAAGUCCCUUAGAUCACAUUUAUUCCCCAUUCUGACAUUUGGUCUGAAAAAAAGCUGAAUCUCUUGACCACUUCUGCAUGCUGUUAUGCAUUUAGUUGCCACAUGAUUGGCUGAUUACAUAUUUUCAUUAACAAGCUUGUGUACAGGUCUACCAAAUAAUGUGACCACUGAGUGUAUAUAUAUGUAUAUAUAUAUAUAUAUAUAUAUAUAUAUAUAUAUA